GGGGCCACGGGGCUCCUCCCCGCGGGCGGAGGCAGGCGGUGCCGAGGCGCAGCUUCGGCCCGGUUCAUCCGAAACUUGAGAGCAGUGCUGGGCGCAGCCGCCGAGGAUGAGGAGGUGCGGCCGCGGUUGUGGGCCGCCGCCGUCGCUGCUGCUGCUGCUGCUGCUGCUGGCUGUGCCCGGCGCUGGCGCGGCCCCGCGCUCGGCGCUCUACUCGCCCUCCGACCCGCUGACGCUGCUUCGGGCGGACUCGGUGCGCCACGCGGUGCUGGGCUCCCGCAGCGCCUGGGCGGUGGAGUUCUUCGCCUCCUGGUGCGGCCACUGCAUCGCCUUCGCCCCGAUUUGGAAGGCGCUGGCCAAGGACGUCAAGGACUGGAGGCCAGCACUGAAUCUUGCUGCCCUGGACUGUGCUGAUGAGACCAACAUUGCAGUCUGCAGAGACUUCAACAUCCUUGGCUUCCCCACUGUGCGGUUCUUUAAGGCCUUUUCCAAGGAUGGCUUAGGAGCAACAUUGCCAGUGGCUGGUGCUGACGUGCAGACGCUGCGGGAGAGGCUCAUCGACGCCCUGGGGUCCCAUCGUGACACAUGGCCCCUGGCCUGUCCCCCACUGGAGCCUGCCAAGCUGGAGGAGAUUGAUGGAUUCUUUGCAAGAAACAACGCAGAGUACCUGGCCCUGAUCUUUGAAAAGGAAGGCUCCUACGUGGGUAGAGAGGUGACUCUGGACCUGUCCCAGCACCAUGGCAUGGUAGUACGCAGGGUCCUGAACACAGAGGAUGAUGUGGUGAAAAAGUUUGGUGUCACUCACUUUCCGUCUUGCUACCUGCUAUUCCGGAAUGGCUCUGUCUCCCAGGUCCCUGUGCUGAUGGAAUCCAGGUCUGCCUACACCACUUACCUGCAGAGUCUCUCUGGGCCCACCCGGGAGGCUGCCCCGACCUCAGUUGCACCAACCACUGCUAAGAAGAUUGCGCCCACCGUUUGGAAGCUUGCAGAUCACUCCAAGGUCUACAUGGCUGACCUGGAAUCUGCACUACACUACAUCCUGCGGGUAGAAGUGGGCAAGUUCUCUGUCCUGGAGGGGCAGCGCCUGGUGGCCCUGAAAAAGUUUGUGGCGGUGCUGGCCCAGUACUUCCCUGGUCAGCCCUUAGUCCAGAACUUCCUGCACUCUGUGAAUGAAUGGCUCAAAAAGCAGCAGAGAAAGAAAAUUCCCUACAGUUUCUUUAAAACUGCACUGGACAACAGGAAGGAGGGUGCUGUUCUUGCCAAGAAGGUGAACUGGGUCGGCUGCCAGGGGAGCGAGCCACAUUUCCGGGGCUUUCCCUGCUCCCUGUGGGUCCUCUUCCACUUCCUGACUGUGCAGGCAAGUCAGCACAGUGCAGGCCACCCGCAGGAGAAAGCCCAGGCCCAGGAGGUUCUCCAAGCCAUCCGGGGCUAUGUGCGCUUCUUCUUUGGCUGCCGAGACUGUGCCAGCCACUUCGAGCAGAUGGCUGCUGGCUCCAUGCAGCAGGUGGAAAGCCUGGAUCAAGCUGUUCUCUGGUUCUGGUCUAGCCACAACAGGGUCAAUGCUCGCCUCGCAGGUGCCCCCAGCGAGGACCCACAGUUCCCCAAGGUGCAGUGGCCGCCCCGUGAACUCUGUUCUGCCUGCCACAAUGAACUCCGGGGUGAGCCUGUGUGGGAUGUGGACGCCACCCUGCACUUCCUCAAGGCCCACUUCUCCCCAAGCAACAUCGUCCUGGCCCUCCCCCGAGCUGGCCCGGGUGCUCAGAGGGGUAUGCAGGAAUUGGCAGCCGUCCCAAAGCUGGUCAUGGGAGCCCUGGAGCUGGGAACCAGAAAUUCGUCUCUGGGCCCAGAGAUGGACAAGGUGACCAGAUCCCCUGGAAACAUCGUCAUGGCUGUUCUGGCGGAGAGACCUGAGCUUACUGGAAAUCCUAUCCCAUGCUCACUGGGGCCUCAGUCUCUCCUACUUGGUUUUGGCCCUGUACUGGGGCACGUGAAGCCACAGGAAGGUCCCCUGAACUGGGUGAGCUGGGGAGGAACUCCUCCCUACACCUAGAGCUCCGAACAUCCUGCUGCUUCCUGGACAUGAAGAGGCCUUUGCAUCCCAGAGGGAAGGACCAUCUCUGGGCCCCCACGGUCUGUCUGGCCUCCAGCUCUUCAGGCCUCCUGGGGGUGGAGUUGACUUCAUCAUGGGCUCUGGAAGUUUCUGGAAGUCAUGAUGGUCUCCCCGGUGAGGUGGGCGAUGGUCACUGGACUGUGGGGUGAGUGGCUUGCUUGGCAGGACCUGACAAGAUGGCAUGGGGAAGGCUGUGGGGUCCAUAGUGCCUUAGCUGACUUAGCUGCAAGGGCUGAGGGAAGACACAGGAAAAGUGGUCGACUUGAAUAACUCUGGCUGAUCCCUGUUGAGCUCCCUGCUUUCUGAGCUGGGUCUUUAGGCUUUUUAUUUUGGUCUCCAGAAUAGAUGCUCAUCUUUGGACAUGGAGGAUGCUGGGUUGCAGAUUGGGAGGGAAAUGUCCAAGAACCCCCACACACACACCCCGACACACACAACACACAGGUCAGGCAGGCCUAAGAGGGAGCAGCAUUGCAUACAUGCUUGAUUCGCACUCUACCCUGCAUCUUGGGAGGCUUGUGGAAUAAAUUAUUUUUGCUAAGGCAA